AUGGCAAAUUGUCUUCCGGCCUUUUCUACAUCAAAAAUACCUCCAUACUUUGUGUUGGCAGGUGAUAGCACCACGGCUAUUCAAUCGUCAAACGGAGGAGGGUGGGGAGAUGGCUUUCUAAAUACAACACUUUUUAAUGGCGCAGCAGGCCAUAACUACGGUCACAAUGGGGCAACAACCGUCAGUUUUCGAAGUGGAGGGGACUGGGAUAACAUUCUUCAAACAAUUCACAAUGUCAGUCAUGGAUUUCAACCUUUUGUGACCAUCCAAUUCGGACAUAAUGACCAGAAAGCCUCUGCCAAUAUCUCCCUUUCUGAAUAUACCGAAAAUUUGGAGAGAUUUGUCAUCGAAGCUUACAGUGCUGGGGCAAUCCCAAUUCUUGUUACUCCCUUGUCACGAAGGAAUUAUGAUAACUCGACGGGUCAUCCAGUUAUUAUCCAGGAUCUUGCAAACCAAACUGCAGCCACUAUUACAGCAGCACGCAGGACUGGAGCGUCUUUUAUUGAUCUUAACAGAGCAAGCACACGCUACCUGAACGCUAUUGGUCCUACAAAUGCCUCUACAUAUAAUCUUAACGAGGACGACCAUACUCAUCUUAACAAUUAUGGGAGCAUUGUAUUUGGGGGUAUUGUUGCAGAAUUGAUCCAGGGUGAUUUUCCACAGUUAGAAAACGAAGGAUUUAUUUGGGUGAAUGAGACCUUGCGAAAGGAUGUCGCGCAAGGCUUAUAUUAUUGGCCUUGA